UCUCCCCCACCCACUGGCUUUUAGUAACUAGUUUAAUAUACUUUAAUCUUUAAAAAUAUAUUGUUUUCUCUGUUGCUGGUUUUUGGUGCUCUGUUAAUUGUUCAUGAUCUUAUGCUGUCGUUAUGGUUUUACAUUAGUUUUUGUUUUGGGGGGGGGGACAGCUUUUGUAUUAUUUUCAAUCAUUUUUUUUUUGGUAUUUUAUGGAUUUCAAAUUUUGGUUAUUUGGGAGGUAUAUGCAAGUUGAAAAAAAAGAAGCAGUAUUAACGAAAAGCUCCUAAACCUCCAUUGCAGGAUGUUGAGGAGCCCUUCAACUUUUUGUGGGUGCAAACUGUGAUGUGUCAUUGAUGCAAUAAUAUGCCUUAGUCAUGGAUUGAUGCUGGACUAUCCACACAUCCACUGUGCUUCAGUAGCUAUUCUGCAAUAUUUCCAGAAUGUUUCCCCGUUAUUGCCAUUUGGAAGGGCACUCCUGGGCUAUAAUGAAACAAAAGAGGACCAAACAGAAAAUCACAACAGAACAUUUCUGGCAUGAAAAUUUAUGGGAUUUCUGAAGGAAGCAACAGGACAUGACUGAUAAGAAAUGAAGAAGUUAUGACCACUGCAAACAUUUAUAGGCAGAAAUGGUCUUGAAACUGGGAUUGCAUGAGUUCCCAGAGAGAUAUCAUCACAAUUACACAAUAAAAGGAAUAUGUAUAUAUCCUGGGAGUGUUUGCACUUUGUCUUGGAGUGGGAUGAUUGCUGAGAGCGCUGACUCUGGGUGAAUGUGGGCUGAGGAUCAUAGUCAAAAAAGACAAAGAAAAACCCAUUCUGCCCACUAUUUUAAUAAAUUCAAAGCUGGCACCCAUCUGUCUAGGGAGACAAUGGAUGAGUGAGCCUUUGGGGCUUAAGUCAAACUCAGAAGGUUACAGCGCCUGCUGUGGCUGUAGAGACCAAUACAGGAAAGGAAAAGGGAGGAAUCGCAACGUGAGAAUCCCACUCGCACUCCCCGCUCUCCCUUUGCGCCUGCGGCCUCUCCGGAGCGUGCUUCUCCUGGGGACUCAGCUGGCGUCCCUCCAGGGGUUAAUGUUGCCAGCCUUCAUGUCAUGUUUGCAGAUACAGUGGUGCCUUGGGUUACAUACGCUUCAGGUUACAGACUCCGCUAACCCAGAAAUAGUACCUCGGGUUAAGAACUUCAGGAUGAGAACACAAAUUGUGCUCCGGCGGCGCAGCAGCAGCAGCAGUGGGAGGCCCCAUUAGCUAAAGUGGUGCUUCAGGUUAAGAACAGUUUAAGGUUAAGAACAGACCUUCAGAAUGAAUUAAGUACUUAACCCGAGGUACCACUAUAUCUUUGUAACACAGAGGAAAUCUGCCAGUGGGCCUGGUGUCUGAAGCCAGCUCCCAGCCAGAUCAGAUCCCAGAGCAGAGCAGGGGACAUAAGAUGUCUAUGCCAGGAGAAGAAGGCAGUCACCGCUAAGCACUUCUUUCUUGAAGCAGAGGCUCCUCCCCUACAAUGUCAAUGAUUUCUGUUCUCAUAUUCAUUCAUAAAAUGAUUUACACAUCACCCCCUCAAGGCAGCACACUGCAAGAAUACACAGGCAUUAAAAGCAAUGCAAAACAAUGCUAAGCAGCUGUGCGGGCCUGCCAGGGUAUAAACAGCAACAGCCAAUCGGGUCAGUUCUGAGAUGCUGAGUCAUUUGCAGGCAGGGAAACUCCCUGAAGCUGAAAACUGAGAAGGUGAAAGUCAGCUGUGCCUUCACUGUGAGGCAGCAGCCAUGGCCGGUUCUGGAGGUCCCAUCCAGGAUCUCUGUGCUGAAGCCACUUGUCCCAUCUGCCUGGAUUACUUCAAGGAUCCAGUGACCACUGCGUGUGGGCAUGAUUUCUGCCGAGGCUGCUUGAGCCGGUACUCUGGGGUCGUGGGCUCACAGCCUUCCUGCCCUCAGUGCAGAUAUGCAGUUCAGCCAAGGAGUCUCACCCCCAAUCGGAAACUGGCUAACUUUGUAGAAAUAACCAAGAAGCUCAGCCUUCAAGAGGAGAAGCGGGGAGUGUGUGAGAAGCACCAGGAGCCCCUGAAGCUAUUCUGCAAGGAGGACCAAACCCCCAUCUGUGUGGUGUGCGACAGGUCCAGGGAGCAUGAAAACCACAAGGUGAUCCCUCUGGAGGAGGCUUCCAGGGAGUUUAAGGAUGUGAGAGGCAUCUUGCAGAGCUGUGAGAAAAUGGAGACAUCUGAGAAUCCACUGGCUCUCCCACCAGAGCCAAGGAGCAGGUCCUUGGAAUACUGUGUUGUAAAUCCCGUUCUAGAUGUUAACAUGGAUCAAUUCAAAGCAAAUGUCACUCUGGAUCCAGACACAGCCCAUCCCAUUCUCAUUUUGUCUGAGGAUCUUCAAAGUGUGAGAUAUGGAGCCAAACUGCAAGACUUGCCCAGCAAUCCUGAGAGAUUCAGCCAACGUCCUUCUGUGAUGGGACUUGAGGGAUUCACAGCAGGCAGACAUUUCUGGGAAGUUGUUGGGGCAAGUGAGGAAGGAUGGGCUGUGGGGGUUGCUAGGAAGUCUGUGAGGAGGAAGAACUACUUUCCCUUAAGUCCCGAGGGAGGGAUCUGGGCUAUGGGGAGAUGGGAAGGAGAGUACAGGGCCUGUGACCCCCCUAACUACUCUCUUCUGCCGCUGAGUGGGGAGCCCAGGAAGAUCCGAGUGGCUCUGAACUAUGAAGCGAGGGAGGUAUCUUUUUUCGAGGCUGACACAGGAGCCCAUCUCUACACGUUCUCAGGAGCCUCCUUCUCUGGACAGACACUCUUCCCUUUCUUUUUUCUUCAGAGAAAUGAAACCCACCUUAGGAUCUCCUGAGAAAAACAAAUCUGCCUCACGGGCCUGGUUGGGAGUUGGAGCCGAGAAAUAUCAGUAUAUAACCAACAUAUUUAUUCAUCACCAGCCACCAAGAAUCAUAAAAUACAAAAAAAAAGUAAAUAAAAAGGGGACUACUGUUGUGUUGUGGAAUAAUCUUAUGAAACAUAGAGGUUCCUUGUUGAAAAGGGAGGUGCCCUCUAUACAUGCUCAGGCCUUUUAUUUCUGACGCUCAAAGUUCCUAAGUAAAAUUUUCCUCGUCA